AUGGCAACGAUGCAGUUCUCUCGCAACUUGUUGCAGAAAUGCAACCCCACCAGAGGUAAGGUUGAGGCACCAAUUGCCUUAUACAGCACCGCUACGGCCGGAAACGAAAAGCUGCGCACAAUCAUCCAAAAUCAGCUGAACGACAUCCGCGAGGCGGGAACAUACAAGAACGAACGCAUCAUUACCACGCCGCAAGCAACGGCCAUCGGAGUGGAGGGUACCAGCGGGAAGAUCCUCAACUUUUGUGCCAAUAACUACCUCGGUCUUUCGGCAAACAAUGACGUUAUAAACUAUGGCAAGAAAGCUCUCGACGAGUAUGGGGCCGGCUUGAGCUCGGUUCGGUUCAUCUGUGGCACACAAAACAUCCACAAGCAGCUGGAGAACAAACUAUCGGCGUUCCACGAGCGUGAGGACACGAUCCUUUAUGCGUCCUGUUUCGAUGCAAACGCAGGCAUAUUCGAGGCGGUACUAACGCCGGAAGAUGCCGUUUUCUCCGACGAGCUUAACCAUGCGUCCAUCAUCGACGGUAUCAGGCUAUGCAAGGCGAAGAAGGCCCGUUACCUGCACCGUAAUAUGGCCGACCUGGAGGAGAAGCUACGGAGUACCGACGCGCGCAUUAAGAUGAUCGUCACCGACGGUGUAUUCUCGAUGGACGGCAAUGUGGCUCCGUUGCCGGAGAUUUUCGAGCUGGCCGAUCGGUACGGUGCAGUUACGUUUGUGGACGAUUGCCACGCGACUGGAUUUUUCGGCAAGACGGGUCGCGGUACGGAAGAGUUCUACGGAAUGCUCGGUCGGUGCGAUAUCAUCAAUUCGACGCUCGGCAAGGCGCUGGGUGGUGCCGCCGGAGGUUACACGACUGGACCGCGCGAAUUGAUCGAUCUGUUGCGCCAGAAGUCUCGGCCGUAUCUCUUCUCCAACUCCCUGCCGCCACCGGUGGUGGCCAGUGCACAGAAAGUGCUCGAUAUGCUGAUGAAAUCGAACUCACUGACGGCGAAGGUGCAAAGUAAUACGCGCCGGUUCCGGGAGGCCAUGACAAGCGCCGGUUUUACCAUCUCCGGCAUGGAUCAUCCGAUCAGCCCGGUGAUGUUGGGUGAUGCCCGGCUGGCGUCCACCUUCGCCGACGAAAUGCUACGCCGCGGGAUCUACGUGAUCGGAUUCAGCUAUCCGGUGGUGCCGAAGGGUAAAGCACGCAUUCGUGUUCAGCUUUCGGCGGCCCAUACGAAGGAAGAAAUCGAUCGGGCGGUGGCCGCGUUUAUCGAAGUAGGCAAAAAACUUGGUGUUGUGUCUUGAAGAUGAUGAAUCAAUUGACACUCGAUCUACAAGUGGGAAAGCAAAGGAAA